GUGGUCGUCGAGUUUUACCCGACUGCGGAUAUCAAUUUAGUGUUUUAUAUCGGAUCCGUAGCUGAUCGCUUCCUGAGAACAACGUCAUUACGAUCUGUGCAAGAGAAUUGAUUGAAUUCUCUUUGCAGAUAGCGCGUCGGACGCGUUCCAUUUAUAAAAGUGAUCGAUAACGACUCCCAUUGUUUAUUGUGGAAAUAUUGUGUCGUCCUAUAUUAGCUAGCUGAAAAGCUGAAACUGGUUGAGUUUUUCUGUAACAGAACAUCAUUAGCAUCCGUGUGACUUCUUAUUUAUUAACAAAAACAAAUGAACAGUUUAAAUCAGUGCAUUUCAAUGAGUGACAGAUUAUCGAAAUUAAAAAUGAACAUUCCGUAUCACGUAACAUAAACUUAAGAUGUGAGCAAAGCAAUUUUUAUUUAUAAGAUUCAAAUAUUACUAAGCUUGUGAUAUACGAGUGUGAGACAGUAUGUGGUGCCCGUAAAAUGCCGUUGUGAAUCUAACAGUGGGAUAGAAAUCUAUUGUUUAUGUUAUACGAUGCUCUGAAAAGAUGUCAGGCGGUAACUCAAAGAACAAGGCUCGCUCCAAGAAGCAGGAGGGAUGGGAGGAGGCUGGGGGGGAGUUCUACCAGGAGUUGUACCCUGGUGGGGAACAGGAGCUGUUUGACAACCUGCAGAGAGCUGAUGCUGCUAAACUUGCCACGUUGCUGCCAAGCAAGCAGGCUCGGAAUACUACGACGGUGAAACGCGCGCGGUCGCAGAAUGAGCGCCGGCAGUCGACGUACGCGCGGACUACGCAGAGCCGAGACAUACAUCUGUCCAUGCUGCCGGACUUGUCAGAGAACCUGUCGAACGAGGAGCGGACAUGGGAGGAGAUCAUGCAGAUCAAGGCCAUGCCGGUACCCAUGAACCAGAAACGGGAGCUCAAGGCCAGGUUACAGAACGCCACAAAACUCCGUCUACAAGGCUUCGAGCAGCUGCAAUGGCGACAACGCAAAGUCUGGCAUCGGUUCAGCAUACGAUUCUCCGAAAUAGUCGGCAAGCUGGAACUCUGGCAGUCCCCCAUGCGGGAGAUCGAAGGCAAGUUCGGUACCGGCGUAGUCUCCUAUUUCCUCUUCCUAAGAUGGCUGCUAUUCCUAAACUUAGCCAUCUCCGUAAUAAUAAUACUUUUCAUGAUACUCCCAAAGACUCUACUCCACGAAAUACACCAUCCUUGCGAGGAUUAUGAACAGAAUUCCACCACAUGCUGUUCAAACUACUACAUGACGAAAAAUUUGACCGAUUCCAACGUGUUCUUUGAUGUCAUCCAAGGCACUGGGUGGAUGGAACGAACUAUCCUAUUCUAUGGUGUCUACACCAACCAAAUUUACUCUUAUUACAUCGCAAAUCUGUUCCAAAGUGAGCUUUAUUACAACAUGCCGAUGGCUUAUAUUUUGGUAGCAAUAUCAUGGGUCUUACUAUCUUUGAUUGCUAUUGUCAAGACCGCGGCAAAAGGUUUCAAGGAGCGACUAGUUGAGAAUGAGGGACAGUUUUAUAAAUACUGCAAUUUAGUCUUCGGUGGCUGGGAUUUCUGUAUCCAUAACGAUAAAUCAGCUAAAAUUAAACAUAAAGGUAUAUAUAAUGAGGUAAAAGGAUACUUGGAGGAGGAAAAAAUUAAUGAGGAAAGACAAUUGAGGACUAGGGAAUCGCAAAUAUUGAUAUAUUUCAAGCGUUUGCUAGUCAACAUUAUAGUGUUUGUGAUACUCAUAGCUUCAGGCGUCCUCAUAUACUUCACUUUUAACUAUUCCACUGACAAGUUAAACGAGGAAAUGUCCAAAAUCAGUGAAAAUCCGAAUGAAGUACAUAUAGAAAAUUCCAACCAGAGUCACAGUGAAAAAUUCACUCUAAGACUCUACAAGGAAGGUGGAUUAUUCUUUGGCCAAUUAGAGAACACGUUAUUAGAAUUUUUACCCUUUAUAUGUAUAGUAGUUUUAAACUUAAUAGUACCAGAAGUGUUUAGUUAUUUAAUACAAUUCGAGUCUUAUACUCCUGCUUAUGUGUUGAUCAUUACUUUACUGCGAACGGUUUUACUAAGGCUCUCGUCUUUGGCCGUUCUUCUGAGUCAAAUGUACACAUAUGUGAGAGAUAACGGGUUUGUUUGUUCGUACAAUAACGAUGAUCCGUCAAAACUUGACUGUUGGGAAACCUAUGUGGGGCAGCAACUGUAUAAGUUGAUCCUAACUGAUUUCGCAGUACAAUUUGUCACUACGUUCUUCAUAAACCUGCCUAGAGCGUUCUUAGCUAGGCAUACGAACAGUCGAUGUUUCAAAAUGAUAGGAGAACAGGACUUUUACCUGCCAAAACAUGUACUAGACAUAGUAUACACACAAACAAUAAUAUGGAUGGGUUCAUUCUUCUGUCCAUUCCUACCUAUCAUUGGCACUUUAUUCUAUUUCUUAAUAUUUUACAUAAAAAAAUUCACAUGUCUUACAAAUUGUACGCCGUCUCCAGUCGUUUAUAAGGCGUCAAAAUCUAAGUCCUUAUUCAUGUCUGUCUUACUUCUAGGUUUUAUAGUAUCUAUAGCUCCGGUAGCGUAUUCCGUAGCUGAAAUAUUUCCUUCAGUAAACUGUGGGCCUUUUAGAGGCUAUAGGAAUGUAUGGGAGUUUGUAGUUCAGACUUUUGAACGUUUCCCAUUCGUCGUUAGGGAGUUUAUAUUCAGAUUAGGGACUUCUACGUUCGCUGUCCCAGCUUUUGCGAUCCUACUUUUCUUCCUAUACUAUUACUGGGCGGUUGCGGCGGCUAAUAGACAUAUGGUAACGGUUUUAAAGAACCAACUCGUUCUAGAAGGCCAUGAUAAACAGUUUCUUCUGAAUAGAUUAAGUGCUUUUAUAAGGCAGCAUCAGAAACGCUGUGAGAGAAGGAAUAGAGCCAGUUUUGCUGAUGAUGACUCCAUUAGACAGAGUUCUCGGUAAAAUAAUUGGUUAUGCAAUGUAUUUUUAUCGAAUCCAAUUAAGUUUUUAUGAUAAAAUUUCUAUUUAAUAAAGAAAUUGGUACUAAAUAUUUGAUCUCUUGAGGUUUUGAAUUAAUCUUUUAUGUGGAAAUCUAAGCAAUUGUGUCAAAACCAUUUUUUGCGGUCCUUAGAUGGCGCCACUAGCGAAUAAAGUCAUGAUACCCGUAAAAAAUUUGGUCACCAAAACAAAUAGUGCUGUUUUCUUUAUUCAAUAGAAAUUAUAAAUAAAUAACUACGUGUUAAAGUAUGUAAAUAGGACACUAUAUUCAUAUAACCGUAAACUAUUAAAUAAAUAUGAAAAUAUCGGCUCAAAUUAUUGAAAAAAUAAUAUUAUGUAAAUUAUUGGCAAUUAAAACUAAAUAUGAAUUAUUAAAUAACUUAUUGAUGGAUUAUGAUUCUCUCUAAUCUGUAUAAUUAUGUUGUCUUUAAGAGUUAAAUGCGUCUCGAUAUUAAAUAGAUCUUUUAUAUACUUUGAUUAAGGCAUAAUUUUACAAGUAGACUUUGAUUACUAACUAAAAAUCACGGUUUACUCACGUAAAUUAAUGGAUUAAUGGAGAAAAGCUCUACUAGUUUCGAGUCACAGAGGGACUCGCGCACCCUACUCUCGGCGACGUCGCCGCGGUUGCGCAAACUGCUCAUGAUAAAGAGUCCCUCUGUAACUCGAAACUAGUAGAGCUUUUCGCCAUUAAUGUACAUGUGUAAACCGUGA